UAUAUAUAUACCCGGGCGAUGUGGACCGACCAGUCCUAGACGAGCCAACCGGACCUCGCUAGAACCAACCCGCCGAAACCACAGCCAGACUUCCCCUGAAGCCGCGUGCCGUCUGCUCUAAACAAAUCUCCUACUCUCACCAUGGUUAGAGUCACCAUCGAAUCCGGAGGUGCGACUGACCCCCUACCGCCGGGCAAGUCCAACUGGAUGGGCAAGUACGAGCCGGGCGGCUGGUGCUCCAUCAAGGUCAACAACGCCGAGGAAGGGCUCAACUCCAUCGGUUUAAACAUCGUGGUUCUGAAGUACCCGGAGCAGAACCCUCCGGAGCACAGCACUUCGUUUGACCUCUGCAAAGACCCGACUGCCUGCAACGCCCUGGUGGGGUUCUUCCGAGGUCUUCAGCCGAACCGUUACAUCCUGAUGAGCGCCUGUUGCUCCAUCACGGACUGCCUGUCGCAGGAGCUGUGUGACGAGCUGGCCGCGCUGGGCUCCGGAUACUUCCGCAAACCGAUGCAAGAACUCAGCGGAGCCCACAGGAACGAGUCCUGGGUGAUGGUAUGCCAAAAGGGGGUGGGGCUGAUCAAGGAGAGCUUCCGCCCUGCUGGCUCCGGACCAACCGUGGAGAACGUCGACAUCAACUAGGCAGCCAAUCACAGGGCGAGCCGUACCUACGUCACAGAUGACGUUGGAUGCUGAUUAUACUUACCAGUAUUUUAGUACCUUCGGUGGGGAUUUAUGUCUUUUACGCUAAGUUGGGGAAUUACGUAAUGUAUUACGUAAUCGGGUGCUGAUCUGACAAAAAAAUAAUUUCUAUAUCAUUCAAACAUCUUCUUUUAUCUUGAAAAUUCAUCUCUGUUGGUAGAAGUCAUUAUGAAGCAAGUUUAA